AUGCUUGUUCUCAUUCCUUCUUUGUGGCUUCUCACACAUUCACCCCUCAACUACCAACAACGAAUAAUUGUCAUUGCCAUGUCUUCAACCGCGGACGACGAUGAUUUAACUGUGUCUACCACAGCUGGUUAUAAGGUGGGCGAGAAAAAGACGUUAGAAGAGUUGCAAAAGUUGGACGAGCAAGAUGAAUCUUUGAAGAAGUGGAAAGAAUCGUUGGGCAUCAAAGCCGGCGCAUCUGAAGACGCAGACACGGCCAAGGACCCUCGCAAAGUCAUUGUCUUCUCACUCACUUUGGAAGUCAAGGAUCGGACUGAUGUCGUCGUGGAUAUCUCCACUCCUGAGAAGUUGGCUGCACUAAAGGAAAAGCCGCUUACCAUCAAAGAGGGUUGUGAAUAUCGAUUGAAAAUCAAAUUCAAAGUCCAACAUGAGGUGAUUUCUGGACUAAAGUAUCUUCACUCAGUCAAGCGCAUGGGUGUUAGAGUAGACAAGGCGGAAGAAAUGUUGGGAUCAUACGGACCUGCUCCUGAACCAUAUGAGAAGAAGUUCUUGUGGGAAGAAGCUCCAGCGGGAAUGAUGGCACGCGCUCACUACUCGGUUAAGAGUAAAUUCGUUGACGAUGAUAACUUUACUCACAUGGAAUGGGAUUGGUCGUUUGAUAUCAAGAAGGAUUGGGAUUAA